UCCCAGCCAGCCAGCCAGCCAGCCAGGCUGCUGCUUGCCUGCCUCCUGCCUGCCUGCUUGCUACCCGCCCCCUCUUUCCCUCCUCCUCGCUUGCUUCCUCCCUCCCUCUCUCGCCCGCCUGCCUUUGCCUGCUUCUUCGCUGGGCUGAGUUUGCUUGCGCGCAGCCUGGCGCGGCUCCUGGCUCGCCCGCCCAUGUACAGUGCUGCUGCUCUGCUGGGCGCCCGGACUGUGGCACCAUGGCCAGCGCGCCCCACGACCCCUUCUACUCCUCGCCCUUCGGACCCUUCUACCGCCGCCACGCGCCCUACAUGGUGCAGCCCGAGUACCGCCUCUACGAGAUGAACAAGCGGCUCCAGGCGCGCACCGAGGACAGUGAUAACCUCUGGUGGGAUGCCUUUGCAACAGAAUUUUUUGAAGACGAUGCAACCUUAACCCUUUCAUUUUGUUUGGAAGAUGGACCAAAGCGAUACACAAUUGGAAGAACCCUCAUUCCUCGUUAUUUUAGCACUGUCUUUGAAGGAGGGGUGACAGACCUGUAUUACAUCCUCAAGCACUCAAAAGAAUCAUACCACAACUCCUCCAUCACAGUGGAUUGUGAUCAAUGCACCAUGGUCACUCAGCACGGAAAGCCUAUGUUUACAAAGGUGUGUACAGAAGGACGUCUCAUCUUGGAAUUUACCUUUGAUGACCUUAUGAGAAUAAAAACAUGGCACUUUACCAUUAGACAAUACAGAGAAUUAGUCCCUCGCAGUAUUUUAGCCAUGCAUGCACAAGACCCUCAGGUGCUGGAGCAGCUGUCCAAAAACAUCACUCGUAUGGGUCUGACUAAUUUCACCCUCAACUACCUCAGGUUGUGUGUAAUAUUGGAGCCAAUGCAAGAAUUGAUGUCAAGGCAUAAAACAUAUAAUUUAAGUCCUCGAGAUUGUCUGAAAACAUGUUUGUUUCAAAAAUGGCAGCGGAUGGUGGCACCUCCAGCAGAACCUACAAGACAGCCAACAACCAAACGGAGGAAAAGGAAAAACUCCACCAGCAGCACUUCCAAUAGCAGUGCCGGGAACAAUGCAAACAGCACCAACAGCAAGAAAAAAGCAGCAGCGGCAGCAGCGGCGGCAAACCUGAGUCUUUCAAGUCAGGUACCUCGGAUAACACGUGUUGGAUGCUUUUCACAGGAUGUGAUGGUAGUCGGGGAACCAACUCUGAUGGGUGGAGAAUUUGGUGACGAAGACGAACGGCUCAUCACGAGGCUAGAAAACACGCAGUAUGACGCAGCCAAUGGCAUGGACGAUGAUGAAGACUUCAACAAUUCGCCUGCACUGGGCAACAACAGCCCUUGGAACAGUAAACCUCCUGCAAACCAGGAGACAAAGUCGGAAAAUCCAACACCACAAGCUUCCCAAUAAAAUAUCUGAAGCUGCAUCUACUGUCGCUUUAACAGCAGGUUGCAAUUCCUUUCUCCCAGCAUUCUUUACACACUCAGAAAAAAACCUCCCAAUUUUCCCACAGAUACAGAACCUAUUUCUAGAUGUACAGCUAUCUUUUUUUAAGUUAGAAAAAUAAUUUAUAAGCUUCCAGAUGGUUAUCUUGGGAGCCCUUGCACAUGACAUGAUACUGGCAUUGACCUCAGUGAAAAGAACUGAACAUGUAAGUAGCACCUCAUGACAAUUUCUUCAUACUAACAUUUAAAUGGAAGGGUUUUUUCCCCAUUGCUAUGAUCUCCCUUCUCCCAUGAACGGCCAUAUCAGCCCAUCAGUGCUCAGGAUCUAUUGAGAAUUUAUUUUUAAAAUCAUGGUGAAUGAAAUGCAUCCUAUUUGUUUAUGUUUUUUGCUCUAAAAGGAGGUUAAAAUAACCAGAUCUUUUCAAUUUUAAUUAAUGCAAUUUUUUUCUGGGUAGGGCUGGAGUGAGAUUUGGAUGGUACCAAAAAAGGAGAAAAAUUCCAUAGCUUCCAGGAAGGCAUUUACUAUGAAGAAAAGCUGUAAUCUAAAAAGUUAGGGUAACUAGCAAAGAUGUCUAUGGGAAGAAUGUUUCAGUAGCAGCAACUACUAAUGUAUGUUUCAUGAAAUGAACAAAUACGAGCUUUAAUGAACACUCGAUCUUGCAAAUUCCAAAUUACAGUCAGCCCUUUACAUACACUGAGGCAAGAGAGGAAAGUGGGGGGGGGGGACCCAAAUAAAAACCAUGUGGUUCAUCUGAGAUGGAUCUCUCUGGGACUCUUGAUGGCAUGGUCAACUUCUGCCAAACAUUCACCAUAGAAUCAUGCUGGAGGACCUACAAAUGCUUGGUAGACAUGUGCGUGAAACUUAUUCCUACCGUUUCUACUAUUUCUUUCGUGUCUUCCAUUUCUUUGGAAGCAUGAAACGGAAAGCCCCCUACCCACACAAAAAUCUGCUCAACAUGAAAGCCUGCUUUUGUGUGUAUCCGAACUUGCCUUGGAAAGAGAAUAUGUGUGUGGUGGCACACGCAGGUAGGCAGGCCCAGAGUGUGCCUGCAGCUGAGCACCUCUUACUCUAGAGUAAGAGGCGCUUGGCUGCAGGCACUGGUAGGCAUGCAUGCUUUUCAGACCUGCCUACAUGCCCUGCCACAAACACACUCUUUCCAAGGAGAGUGCGUGUGUGGCGGGGUGUACAGGGAGGCCCGGAAAGUGCAUGCACCUGCCAGUGCCUAUAGCCAAGCACCUCUUACUCUAGAGUAGAAACAGCAGGUUCCAGGUAAGAACAUACACUAGGAAGAGGAGCCAGUGAGCGGGAGGACCCCCACCCCCAUAGUGGACCAGGACCACCAACAAAAGCCAGAACAUGAAACAGGACAAGGUUUCCCCCGAAUGUGCAUAUCUAAUGCCUGGAGAAAUUUUCACUUUAGCAGUCUCUAACUAGGUCCUCCAGCAUAACAUUAUACUUAACUUCUGGACCAAAAUUCACCAGUUUUACUGGAGGAUCUAGAGCAGUGGUUCUCAACCUGGGGUCUCCAAAUGUUUUUGGCCCACAAAUUCCAGAAAUCCUAGCCAGUUUACCAGCUGUUAGGAUUUCUGGGAGUUGAAGGCCAAAAACAUCUGGGGACUCCAGGUUGAGAACCACUGAUCUAGAGAUUCCUAAAGAGAACAUAUUAAUUAAAUCCAAAAAAGUCAAACACACAAAUGUAGAGGGCCAACUGUACUAAGUCUUAAAAUUUAAAACUCUUUAAAGUCCCCAUGAGAUUAAGUUAUUAGGAUUCUGACUUAGUGGAGUGAGUCCAAAGCUGCCGGAAGAACCUAUGUUGCUGCUUUAAAUUAUGAAGCCCACUAUAAGAGAAAUGUAGGAUUCAAUCUAGCCCUUUACUGUCUCUUCCAAAGAUGGCUGAUUUCAGAUACUUCAGAAUGGAUCAUUCUGUACUCUGGCUACUGGAUUGGGAAGGAGAGUCUUCUUGGAUUAUGAAUACGGAUAAUUUUGGGUGCUUUUGCCCAACCCAGCUAAGUUACAUUGCUUUGCUUUUUAGUUGACAGUUCCCCAACCCAAGUUGAGGUUAUCUCUUGCUUUGCUUCCUUGAGUUAUUGGUGCUGCCUACCAUUGUUCUUCUUCUACUUCUAGCCAUUUCAAGGGUCCACUGCUUUAGCCCUGACAUUGUAACUGAUUCUUAUUAAUAGUUUUCCAAAAGCACUGAGACAACUAAAUGUCUUUUUCUUUCAUCGGACAUAAUGAAUAUUUUUAUGUGAAGAAAGACAUUCAUUCCCUAUGAGAGUUUACGCUUUGUAAAGUUGCUGUUGAUCUGCAUUUUGAAAGCCAUGUAAUCCAUUAAUCCUGUGAGCAGUUUAAACAAAGACUAUUUUUUGUGUUUUUAAUGUCUUUUCUUGUUUGUUUUCACACUAUAUUUCUUGUAUAAUACUUUUGUAAAGCCCUCCAAACUAAUUAUUAUUUUUGAUUCCAGUAUAUUUAUGUGAAACUUUAUAAAAGAAACUAAUUUUUUUUCAUUUACAUAUUAAUAUGUUCAGCCCAUCAUGUAAAAGAAGAAAUACAGUAAGUCGGUGUGUUAUAUGAUACAACUGUAUUUUAUGUAUGCUUUGCCAAUACGUGUGCCAAUAAACUGUAUUAACAGAA